AUGCUCCCAAGCAACUACACGCGGGUGUCAGUGUUUGUGAUCGUGGGCUUCCCAGGGCUCCAUCCAUCCUUCUACCAGCUGGUGGCCUGGUUCUUCUUCUUCAUUUAUGUGAUCACGGUGGUGGGGAACAUCCUGCUGGUGGUGCUGUUUGCCCUGGAGCGCAGCCUGCAGAAACCCAUGUACAUCAUCAUGCUCAGCCUGGCUCUGUCAGAUAUAGGCUUCUGCACGGUGGCCCUUCCCAAAGUGAUAGCUCGGUACUGGUGGGACGACGCUGGCAUCUCUUUCUAUCUGUGUCUGAUACAGAAACAAUUCAUCCACUACUUUGGAGCACUCACCUCUCUCAUCAUGAUGACCAUGGCUAUGGACAAAUACCUGGCUAUCUGCUACCCUCUCAGGUACAAUGAGCUGAUGACCAACAGGACCAUGUCUCUCCUAACAGCCCUGUCCUGGGUGUUAGCCAUGAUAUCUCCAGCCAUCACCACCGUCCAGUCAUCCCAGAUGCCUUUCUGUGGGUCCAACCGCAUCAACCACUGCUACUGCGACACCACGUCUCUCAACCAGCUGUCGUGUGCUGACAUCUCGUCCCAGAGCAGACUCUCCUUCUCACUAGCCAUGGUCGUUCUUUUUCUCCCCUUUGGCUUCAUCGUCUUCUCCUACGUCAACAUCAUCUUCACAGUGAUGCGCAUGGCUAACGCACAGGGCAGGAUGAAGACCUUCUCUACCUGUGCUACUCAGGGCUGUAUCAUCCUUAUUUACUACAUCCCCCGUUUCAUAGUGAACGCUACACCCUUCAUCCCAAACCUGACCACGACCCCUGACCUCCGCAUCAGCCUCGCCAUUUUCUCCAGUCUGCUGCCACCCCUACUCAACCCCUUCAUCUACUGCAUCCGUACCAAGGAGAUCAGGGCUUUCCUGGCCAAGUGGACCAACCGAGGGCAGUCCAACGUGGAGGUGGAGUACAGUAUGUUUGAGGUGAAUGAGAACUACACGCGUGUGUCAGAGUUUGUGAUCGUGGGCUUCCCAGGGCUCCAUCCAUCCUUCAACCAGCUGGUGGCCUGGUUAUUCUUCUUCGUCUAUGUGAUCACGGUGGUGGGGAACAUCCUGCUGGUGGUGCUGUUUGCCCUGGAGCGCAGCCUGCAGAAACCCAUGUACAUCAUCAUGCUCAGCCUGGCUCUGUCAGAUAUAGGCGUAUGCACGGUGUCCCUUCCCAAAGUGAUAGCUCGGUACUGGUGGGACGACGCUGGCAUCUCUUUCUAUACGUGUCUGAUACAGAAACAAUUCAUCCACUACUUUGGAACACUCACCUCUCUCAUCAUGAUGACCAUGGCUAUGGACCGAUACCUGGCUAUCUGCUACCCUCUCAGGUACACAGAGCUGAUGACCAACAGGACCAUGUCUCUCCUAACAGCCCUGUCCUGGGUGUCAGCCAUGAUAGUACCAGGCAUCACCACCAUCCAGACAUCCCUGAUGCCUUUCUGUGGGCCCAACCGCAUCACCCACUUCUACUGCAACACCGUGUCAAUGAACCAGCUGUCGUGUGCUGACAUCUCGUCCCAGAGCACAGUAUCCGUCGCACUAUCCAUGUUCGUCCUCUUCCUCCCCUUCAGCUUCAUCGUCUUCUCAUAUGUCAACAUCAUCGUCAGCGUGAUGCGCAUGGCUAACGCACAGAGUCGGUGGAAGACCUUCUCCACCUGUAGUUCCCAGCUGUGUAUCAUCUCUCUGUACUACGUCCCCCGGUGCUGUGUCUAUACCAGCAGCGUCAUCAACUUCUCCAUCAGCCAGGACUUUGUUCUCCGCCUAACCCUGCUCUACAGGCAGUUCUACAGUCUGCUGCCACCCCUAGUCAACCCCUUCAUCUACUGCAUCCGUACCAAGGAGAUCAGGGCUUUCCUGGCCAAGUGGACCAACCGAGGGCAGUCCAACGCACAUCACAAACCCUGCAUCCACCCCAUAGCCUGCUGACAGGCACUCAGGCAGCCUGCCGCUUAUAAAAUCACACAGGAGGCAUUAUG